AUGGAAAUGGGUGUGGUCAGCGAGAAUGCCUGGUGGAUGAUCCCUGAAAACUUUGAUGCCCCAUUGGUGUUAUUCAUAGACCAAAGCCAGGAGGAGCUCAUAUUUGGCCAUGGAGACUUAUACCUCCGACGCAUCGAGGAACACAGCAGCACUUUCAUUCAACUGGAGGCUUGGUUCACAGCCUCAGGCCAGACCCGAGUCUCUGUGGUUGGACCAUUGAGAGCAAGGCAGUGGCUGAUGGAUAUGAUUUGGAGUUUGGGUAGCCAGGAGAAUUAUCACCAGGCUCGAGGCCAACAGAUGUUACUGCGUGUCCAGAAUCAACCCCUGACCACAGUUGACUUGGAUGCCGCUCUCAGGGUGCAGACACAUAGCUGGGGCCUGUCUCCAGUAAUCAGGUCGAAAGGGCCCAUCUAAGACUGAUUUCUCCU